UGUUCCGCUGUUUGAAAUUGGCGCCGGCGGAGCGUUGCGGUCACGUGACGGAGCGUCGCCAAUCGGCACCGGCUUGUCUCCGGGUUCCGGCCCCGAACGCUCGGCGUCCUGAGGAGCGGCGGCCGGCGGCGGCGGCCGGGAGGGCGGGCAUGGUUUGCAGCUGCACCCCAACGCAGACCAGGAAGCCUCCCUGCACCAUGUGGUUACUAAAUGCUCUUCCUUUACCUGUUGAUGCCUCCCAAAAAGAGACGCCAGAGACAGUCCCACAAAGCCCAGCUGCUAUUCCACCAACAGCCACUGGAGGGCCCCAAACACCGUUAUGAACCACCCCAGCAGCCGGUUACCCACACUGUGCAGGUACCCAGCAAACCCAUUGAUCAGGACACCAUCACUUCCUGGGUACUACCUCAGUUUGAUACAGCAGCUGGAAGCCAGUUCCCAUCACACUGGAAACAUCGUCCCCGAGGCCAGGCAAGACACUUAACUCGAAGAUCUACCUGCAAGUUCCCAUGUCUAACCUUUGAGAGUCCACCGUCUUCCAGUUCAGAGACAUUAUUGAUAUCCGGGAACAGAGAAGAGCCCUGUCAGUCAGAAAAGGACACUCCCAGAAGGCCUUUAGUGCCACUGUUCAGUCCCCAGAGCUGUGGGGAACUGUCAGUGCAUGCCCUUCAAAGUUUACCUCAAGUGUUCAUGCCUCCUGAUAUCCAGACCCCAGAGUCAUCUGUGAGAGAAGAUCCCAUUUCCCCAGACCAGAAGGAAAACAAUCUUCCAGGCUGCAUCCUUGGCCCAAGAACUCCCAGCAGCCCAGAGCCUGGGCCUGUUCUGGUCAAGGACACCCCUGAGGAGAAGUAUGGGAUAAAGGUCACAUGGAGACGCAGAAGGCACCUGUUUAACUACCUUAAAGAGAGAGGGAAGCUGGACAAGAGCCAGUUCCUUGUGAAGAUCUGACUGGAUGUCACGAACUUAAGACAUCUCCAAAGCUGCUGAGGUCAUAGUUUCCAGAGUCUCUCUGGCUUGAAAGAAUGAAAUGGAGUGAACCCCAGGAGGAGGAAGACUUAGCUAGAGGCCUAGACUUGGGAUUUGGUUUCUAGAUUUGAUUUUUAAGCCACCUGGUAUCAGGAAGAGUUGGGUUUAGUGUCAUGGACUGUUGCUAGUUUCCUCAGAUUAACUGUUUAAACCUCUAAAUUAUCUCAUACUGUUUACAAUGUUUGUAAAUAAAUGGCUGCUCCAAGUUUUUAGAGAACUCUACUUCUGUGAGUCAUGCAGCAGUGUGGCCCAUUAUAAAAGGUCUGAGCUGAUU